ACAAACAAACCAAACAAAAAAAAAGAAGAAGAAAGACUAUGGAGAUUCCGCCGUCACAAUCUCCGGCGACUCAACUCCGCCGUACAAAAUCCAUAUCCAACAUGACGACUCUAACUCCUCCAGAAGUUCCUUUCGACAUAGCUUCAACGCCGCCGUCUUCGUUCGAUUACGAGCUCAUCUCCGUAAAACCAUCCUCUUUCGUAGCUUACACUUCUCUCAGAGAUAUCAUCUCUUCUCCGAUUAACUCUUCACUCAAUUUACCGUCGAUCAACGGUAGCUGCUCUCCUGUUAUAUCCACCGCCGCCGGAGAUAUCUCGAUUCGUAACCGUCUCGUUAAGCAAGCUGCUUUGUCUUAUCUUCAACCAACGGUGCUUACUUCGUCAGAUGAUUCUGCUGGUUCUCAAUUCUUCCGCCGCGUUUGGCUUCACUUAUCCGCCGGGUUUCAGUUCUUGCGACGUGUGUUUGAUUGGAUUUUUCAAUCGUUUCGUGUUCCUUUGAUUGUCAAAUAAACUUUGAUUUGACAAAGGAAGUGAUGGAUUUGGUGAGAGUGCUCUGAUGCAGUAAAGCUUGAGGAUGUAUAUGUUUGUUUUGAAUACCUUAUAGAUGGUGAAUUGUUGUUGCAAUUGCUUGAAGAUUUGGAGGCUCCAGUGGAAGAUACAUUGCAGUAGUUGAGCAAUUACUAAAUGUCCUCUUAUCUUUAAGACAGAGAUUCCUUGAUCGAUGUCAGAUUCAUGUUUUGACAUGUAUGGACAUAGUAGCUUCUCGUAGACAUAGCUAAGUCCCUGUUAGAAACCAAGAGAAGAAGAUUGGUCGUUUUGUGAAUCUAAGAAUGAGAAUGAAUUCUCAUUAGAUUUUUAUUGCAUUGUACUGUAGUUAGUACCUGUGAUUUCGGGUAACAUAAGUAGAUGAGAAGAGCGAUUUUGAUCUCUCCGUAGAGUGGUAACCUGCGGAUAGAUGAGAUGAAUCAGAAGGUUUCAUACA